UAACGACAUUCUGGCAUUGCUAGUUGUGUUUCAUGUUUUCUUUUUGCGCCAGGAAGUGUAAGUUAGCAUAAAUAGCGCCAGCAAGCUAACUGAAUAACGUUAGCUAACCAAGUUGUAGUGGUAUUAUAGCAUUAAGGCUGAGUGAUGAAUAAAGAGUUACAGAUGAGGGCUGCAAUUAACCAGAAGUUGAUUGAAAUGGGAGAGAGGGAGCGGUUAAAGGAACUGCUCAGAGCCAAGCUCAUUGAGUGUGGCUGGAGAGAUCAGUUAAAAGCACAUUGUAAAGAAGUCAUCAAGGAAAAGGGGAUUGAGAAUGUCACCGUAGAAGAUUUGGUGGCUGGAAUCACUCCUAAAGGAAGAGCACUGGUGCCUGACAGUGUAAAGAAGGAGCUUCUGCAGAGAAUAAGGGCCUUCUUGGCCCAACAUUCUACAUGAUGCUGGACUCUAUGCCAACUGAAAUGCCACACUAGCUGUAAAACAGAUUUUUUUUCCAUUAGGUUUUUUUUUUUUAAUCUGUUUGUGUACUGCCUUGAGUACUGGUAAAAAAAAUAAAAAGCAACUCUAGUGAAUGAUUUUCUUGUUUAAACAAUAAAGUUUAUUCAUGUUUCUAAA